CUGAAUCACAGCAACUUUUGAUUCAACAACCUUUAUUGUUAUCCAAUUUAUGUCGAAUGGAAAAUAAGGCACGAAUGUUGUCAUAUCAGCUUAUAGCGAUUGAAGAACACGAUAUGAGCCAAAGUGAAGAAUCUUGGGAAAGUGUUAUUCCAGCACUUAUAGCUAUCGGUGACUCUCCUGUGUCUGAUGUCGAAAUUCAACGCCAUAUUAUACGCGCACUUGAUAAUUUUUCGACAGAAGUCCCAACAGUUUCACUAUCUAAGCUCACGUCUUGUGUUCCAUUAAUCAAUCGUAUAUUGGAUACAGUAAAAGAUGACGAUAUUAAAAAAC